AUGAAUGAGUAAUUACGAUUUAUUAAACUCGAAGAAUCUAUUGAAUAACUGAGCAAAUCAUUUCUGCCUCAUCUGAAUCAGAUUUCAUUGAUGCAAUAAAAAUUGUCAACCUUGGAUGUGUUUAUAACCAAUAAUCCAAGGGUUGAUUUGAUAAGUGAUACCAUUCAACUUCUAAAUUCUUAAUUGAAGAUACAAGAAAGAUUGAGUUCAAUUGAAUCGCAGCACUCAAAGUUCAGUAGUCAUUAUGAUGAAAUUCUUAACAGACAUUCUGUUUAUAUUAUGUAAAUCCAACCCUGGAUUGAUGAGAUGCAUAGCAUUUUGGAGGAGGCUAAACAAAAUAGGGAGGUGAACAAUCAAAUGAGAAUCAAUUUCAAAGAGAUGAAUCAAAAACACAAGGAAUACACUGGGCUGUUGUUGUAAAACGAUAGAUUGACUUAAAACUAUAAGACUCGUCUUGAUUAAUUUGAAACAUAAUUGGCUUCGAAAAUAGAUCAUUCAGAAAUCACUAAAGUAUAAGAUUUAAUGAGAAGAGAUUUUGUAACUUGUCUUGAAUUGGAUAAUAUCAAGAAUUAGAUUCAGUAGAGAAUAGACCGUUUGCAAGGAGAGAUGAGUACUAAACAAUAAUUGGGCAUUGUUUAGGAUAACAUAUAAUUUGUUAAAGAUAGAUAAGUGUCAGUGUUGACUGAAUUAGUGGAUAAGAAAGUUGAAGAUCUAGCGAAUAGCAAACUAAAGGUGUAUGCAACAAAGAAUGACCAAAGACUCUUUGAAGAUCGAAUUAAUCAAGUGUGUAAGAUUUUGUCAGAGAAGAUAUUGAUGGUAUAAAAAGAAACAACAGAAGCACAUAAAUUAAUGUAGGAAUAAAUUAAAGAAGAGAAUUAAUAAUUGAAUGACUUAAAAUCAUAAUUGCAUAUCGUUAAUUCUACAUUCUAAAAAGUAGUCAUGAAAGACGAGUUAUAAAUUGCGAUGCAGAAAACCUUACGUUUACAAAGAGAAUCUGAAUAUCUGAAUGAAAAACUGGAAUCCAUAAGUGCUGAAAUAUUCGAAUAAAAGGUCUCAUUUUAAGCAUUCAAUAAAUAGAAGAAUUUGGAAAUAUAAACUCUGUAACAUUAACUUGUUCAAAAGGAAGGGGAAAGUGUGACCUAUUGUGAAAGUCCAAAAAGAGCUGAAGUCUCCUAAGAGGAAGUGGAAAGUGCUCAAUCUUCACCUCGAAAAAAGAUUAGAAAAUCAGCAAUGCUCACAAGACAAGGAUCUAUUAUUAAUUCAGAUAUGAUGCAGAGAAUAUUUUAACGAUCAGAUGCUAGAAUUCAGGAAUUAUAAAACUAAUUGGAUGAAAUUAGAUAAAGAUUUCCAAAAGCAAGUAAGUUUCAAGAGAAUAUUACACAACCUGUGUCAGAUACAAUAAAUAUCAGAAUGGAAUAUUUUAAUUAGAUGAUAAUUCAAUUAUUAGAAGAAACAAAGAAAUUUAAAACCUCAUUUGAUCUUCUUAACCAAUAGAUAAUAGCCAUUAAUAGUAAGCCUUAAAUAAAGGAAGAAACACUCCAACAAAUCGAUGAAAGAUUGAGGUUCAUCUAAGAAUUAGAAUUUAAGUUGGAUUAAAAAUGCGAUUCAUCUUUAGUCAUACCUAUUCUAGAUUCAAAAGCCAAUGCUUAGGAAUUUAUGGAGACUAAACUCCUGUCUAAACAACUGAAACAAUGUGUUUUAGAUACAAUUAACAGUCUAAGGACCUUUUUUACUUCAGACUAAAAUGAUUAAAUUAAGGAUUUGCUCAUCAAUCAAUUGAGUCGAUACCUCUGCUAUUUUGUCAGAUAAAUAGAGGGUCAGCAAUAAUAGUAACAAAGCGAUUCUCAAUAAAACCCUUAGUCUACAAAGUUUCUUUAGCCCAAAUACACUGCUUAGAGAAUGAAGUCAUAUUCUUCUUGUUCAAAAAGAAGAGAAACUGAUUGUGAGAUAAGAGGAAGGGCAGUUAAUCGCAACAUUACUGAGACUGCAGUGUAUAAUUCAUUGAGAUCAUCUCCCUUGGCUUUUAAAUUGGUGAAUUAGAACAAACAAAGUGCAACAAUAGUGAAAAGAAUGAAAGUAUAAUGA